CAACAGAGAGAGAGAGAGAGGAGGGAGAAGCUCACUGCCAGAGAGAGAGAGAGAGAGAGAGAGCGAGAGAGCGCACAAGAGCGCGCGAGCGGGUGAAGUGCGCGUGCUCUGUCGCCGCCGCCGUCGCCGCCGCUUCGGAGGAAGAGAGACGUUUAUUCAGUUGCUGAAUGAAGGACGAAACGGAGGGAAGGAUGAACAGAGAGGGAUGAGUGAAUGAAUGAAUGACCGGAUCCCGACCCGGGCUUCUUCCAAGAGAACCGAACCGUGUCAAGCAAAGUGUGUGAUGUCCUCCUCCAGAGAGCACACGGUGCAGGUCAGAUAGCAAGGUCAUGGCAAAGUCAAACUCCCAGCUGUGAACAGUGUCUGAAGACAGGAUUUGGACGCCACCCCACACCGAGCCAACACAGAAGAACCCAGUAGAGUCCAGUGAAGGCCUGGCUCCGUCAGCAGAAAUGGCUCCAGCAGCCAUGUCUAUGCCUCCAUCCUCUCUCACCUCCUUCCGCCCAUCCCGCCUGUCCUCAUCCCUCUUCUUCUUCUCCCUCUCUUUCUUUCUGCUCCUGUCAUGUCCUGGAUCGGUUCACGCAAGUUCAUCUGAGAAAAAUUGUUCGGCUAGUGGAGACGUCUGUCAGGAAGGAGUGGUCCUGCCAGUGUGGAACCCUCAGAACCCCUCUGUAGGGGACAAAGUAGCACGGGCCAUUGUUUAUUUCGUAGCGCUCAUCUACAUGUUCCUGGGCAUGAGCAUUAUAGCGGAUCGAUUCAUGUCGUCUAUAGAGGUCAUAACCUCCCAGGAGAAGGAGAUCACCAUAAAGAAACCGAAUGGUGAGACCACCACGGCCACGGUCAGGAUCUGGAAUGAGACCGUUUCUAAUCUCACUCUAAUGGCUUUGGGUUCUAGUGCCCCAGAGAUACUGCUGUCUGUUAUUGAGGUGUGCGGUCACAAUUUCGAGGCCGGCUCUCUGGGUCCCAGCACCAUCGUGGGCAGUGCUGCCUUCAACAUGUUCAUCAUCAUCGCCCUGUGUGUGUACGUGGUUCCCGACGGAGAGACACGCAAAAUUAAACACCUUCGGGUAUUUUUUGUCACGGCAGCAUGGAGUAUCUUUGCCUACAUCUGGCUCUAUGUAAUUCUGAGUGUCUUCACGCCUGGAGUGGUGGAGGUAUGGGAGGCAGUGCUGACCUUGCUCUGCUUCCCCCUCUGCGUGGUCCAGGCCUGGGUGGCUGACCGCCGCCUCCUCUUCUACAAGUACGUCCGCAAGCGUUACCGUGCUGACAAGAACCGCGGCAUCAUCAUUGAAUCUGAGGGAGGGGCGGAUGGAGGGAUAGGAGGCCUGGACGGAGGAGGAGGAGCGCUAGGUCCGGGUGGGUUCACUAAGAUGGACAUGCUGGAGCUGGACGGACAGAUGGCAUUGAACUGUCACAGCGGGAUGGAUGGAGGGUUGAUGGAAGAGGGAGGAGCGAAGGAUGAGGAGGACGAGGCCAGGAGGGACAUGGCUAGGACCCUGAAGGAGCUGAAGCAGAGGCACCCGGAUAAAGACAUGGAGCAGCUGAUUGAGAUGGCUAAUUAUCAGGUUUUGAUGCAGCAGCAGAAGAGCAGAGCGUUCUACCGUAUCCAAGCAACCAGGAUGAUGAUCGGCGCCGGCAAUAUCCUCAAGAAGCACGCUGCCGACCAAGCUCGCAAGGUGGUGAGCAGCCAUGAGACCCAGGCCCAGGAGGACGACCCUCACACCAUCAGGAUGGAGUUUGAACCCUCUUUGUACCAGUGCUUCGAAAACUGUGGCUCCCUGAAACUGACUGUUGCCAGACAUGGAGGAGACCCUGGAGUUACUGUCAAGGUGGAUUAUCGCACAGAGGACGGUACAGCGAACGCAGGUUCAGAUUAUGAGUUUGCCGAGGGGACGCUCCUGUUUAAGCCUGGAGAGACCCUCAAAGAGAUCACAGUUGGAGUGAUUGAUGACGACAUCUUUGAGGAGGAUGAGUAUUUCUACGUCCACCUUAGUAACCCUCGGGUGGUUGGUUAUCCCGAGAUCGGCACUGCCCCUCUGGAUGCUAGUGCCACUCCCAAAGCCGUGCUGGGUGACAACCACACAGCCACAGUGACCAUCUACGAUGACGAUCACGCAGGUAUCUUUACCUUUGAGAGCGCCAGUCACAGGGUGAGCGAGAGCGUAGGAGUGAUGGAGGUGAAGGUACUCAGGACUUCAGGGGCCCGAGGCUUGGUAGCUGUCCCCUAUCGAACCCUGGAUGGCACCGCUAAAGGAGGGGAGGACUACGAACUGGCUGCUGGCAAGCUGGAGUUUCAGAACGACGAGACAAUGAAGAUCAUCGAGGUGAAGAUUAUUGACGAUGAAGAGUAUGAGAAGAACAAGACCUUCACCAUCGAGCUGGGAGAGCCGGUUCUGUUGGAGAUAGGACAGAAACAUGGUGACUCCAAUGAGAACAAGCCAUUGGUGGGGGCAGAGGAGGAGGAGGUGGCUAAGAUGGGCUGUCCCAGUCUGGGUGAACACACACAACUAGAAGUGAUCAUAGAAGAGUCCUACGAGUUUAAGAGAGCAUUAAAUACACUUCUUAGGAGGGCUCAAAAGAGUACAGUAGAUAAGCUGAUCAAGAAGACAAACCUGGCGUUGGUGGUGGGAAGCAGCAGCUGGAGGGAGCAGUUUGUCAGUGCUGUUACUGUCAGUGCAGGAGAUGAUGAUGAGGAGGAGAGUGGGGAGGAGCGGCUGCCGUCCUGCUUUGACUACAUCAUGCACUUCCUCACCGUCUUCUGGAAGGUUCUGUUCGCCUUCGUCCCACCCACAGAGUACUGGAACGGCUGGGCCUGCUUCAUCGUCUCAAUAUCACUUAUCGGCGUCCUGACAGCAGUCACCGGCGAUCUGGCCUCACACUUUGGCUGCACGAUAGGACUGAAGGACUCUGUGACCGCUGUGGUGUUUGUGGCGCUGGGAACAUCAGUGCCAGACACAUUCGCCAGCAAAGUCGCUGCCAUCCAGGACCAGUACGCAGACGCCUCCAUCGGCAACGUCACAGGCUCCAACGCCGUCAACGUCUUCCUGGGUAUUGGCGUGGCGUGGACCAUCGCAGCCAUCGCCUGGCGCGCAGAGGGCAAGCCCUUCAAAGUGGACCCGGGAAACCUGGCCUUCUCCGUCACCCUCUUCACCAUCCUGGCCGUGGUGUGCGUGAUCACGCUGCUGUACCGGCGGCGGGCGUCGGUGGCUGGCGGCGAGCUGGGCGGACCGCGGACUUGCAAGCUGCUAACGUCGCUGCUGUUCGUCUCGCUGUGGCUGGUUUACAUCCUGCUGGCUUCACUGGAGGCCUACUGCCAUAUACCACUGUUUUAAAUGGAGAGGAGAGGAGAGGGGAGGGAGAGAGACCCACUGCCAAUAUGAAGAGAAAGAGAGUGAGAGAGAGAGAGAUGAAGGGAAGGAGGAAUCUUCAAAGACAGACAGGGAUGAGGAGAGAUCGGAGGUAUAGUUGGACUGAUAUGGGCUAAUUCUCAUUCAAAUUUCCUUUUUUACAAGCCCAAAAUACACUUUUUUCUAGUUGAAUACAUUUUUUUCUCACCUGAAUAGAGUGUAAACCAUCACAAAACACUAAAACACUCCAGUGAUGUCCAAAUGAAUUAUUCUAUACAGAAAUGAAGAAGCUUGAAGGAUACAAAACCCUCUAAAUUAAGAAUUACUUAAAGCAUUAAUGACAAAAAUUGCAAUGCAAGAUUUUUAAAGAGCACUCAUAUGUUGUCGUUCCUCAGCAGUGGACAGCAGUGUAAUACUUAAUAACAGAGUGAUAUUGUUCCAGUAUGCUGCCAACCCAGCAGGCGAGGAGGAGGGUAAGGUUGAAGGAUGAAAAGUGAAGUUUAGAAAGGAAGCCGGAGGCAACAGAACUAAAGAAAGGUCUGUAUAACGCUGAUGGAGAGGCCAGAGAAAAGAAGACAGGGAAUGAGGUAAAAGAAGAAUAGAAGAGCAAAAAUAUUCUACAGCCCCUCUUCACUUUCUCUUGCUUCCUCUAUCGUAACUGCAUCUCGUCGUCGCGGGAACGGUGGAUCCUCCCUUCAUACCCGUUGAACUCGAUCUAGUACUAUCAAUGACUUAUUACUUUUAACCUCCUCUCUGCCAACAGUAUACACACACAUACAUACAGGAACACACACGCUUUGGGGCCCUAAGCUGAUUCUGCUACAGAGGACCACUCUCCAACUUGGGGCGAGAUGAAAACUGACAACCAUUUUUUUUCUUUAUUCCUUUUCUUCUUGAAUACACUGUGCAAAAUAGUCUUUCCACCCCACAACACACACACACACACACACACACUGUACUCUCCCCUCAACAGACUGUACACACUCCUCCAUCCUUCCCUCUUGCCUUACUCUUAUCUCCCUCGUAGGAAUUGUCUUAAAGUUGUGAUAAAGAAACGCUGUAGUCACCUCCCGCCAACCCACUUUUUAAUUGAGCCAAUCCAGAGCCCCUCUCCUUUUAACGCCAAUCAACAGCCUCAUUUAUCCCCGUGAAGGAAACUUACUCUACCCCCCUGCCCCCUUUUUUUUCUAAACUUUUCAAUGGCGUCACGUGUUGAUGUUGUUACCGUGCAAUUGUAAAAAACAAACAAACAAAAAAAGACUUAUAAAUAUGGUACGAUGAGAUAAAGAUAAGGAAAAAGACGGUUGUCAGGAAGAUUGGACUUGUAAGAUCAAGAUGUUGGAUUUGCACUGGGAAGAAAUGGAGUGUGGAGCGGCUGAAGAAAUGUUUGAUUAAAACGACUAGAGAACCAACGCAAUGAGGAAGCAUUGUGCACUACACAUUGUGAGGUACAUUGUUUACACCCUAAAGUUUUACAAUGAAAUGUGAACAACCGGAGCAAAAGCAGGAAAUGACGUAACGGCAAGAGACACCAAUAAAUGAGACACGAGGAGGACCAAUCAGAACGAAGGAUGUGGCCGUGGACACCAGUACAAAGAUGAUGCCGAUCACAGUGUUGAUGAUGACAAAUCAAACAAUGACCAUACCCAGUGUUUCUAAUUGUACAUGAUAAUAUAAGAAACAUUUAUUGAUGUGUGUGCAAAAACACUGAUAUUUCGUUUAUGUUAAGUCCCUCUCUUUGUAAGGAAAUCUCUGAAGGAAGAAGAGAGAAAAAUCCACCCACCCUUUUUCUUCGAAACACAGCUCAUGUGAACAUUCUAAGGAAAUCCAUCGCAACAGCUGUAAGAUGGUGAAUAGAAAAAACCAGAGAUGACUCACAGACAGAAAGAAGAGUUGAGAGCUCUGAGGGAAAUGUACGGCAGCUCUGAAAUAUCACACGACUGUUCUGCAGCAGUUUUAAUGUUGGGACGUUUCUUUGUACUCAAAACAAAACAAAAAAAAUCCCACCAGUCUCUGUUAUCCAAAGAUUUGAUAGAAGAACAUUGUCACAGAUCACUUUACAGGUAGAGAACCGUUCAUUUGUUUUCAGUGUGCAGGCAUUGUACAAGUCCCACAAGCUGCCAGUUGUAGUAAAAACAAACAAACAAACAAAAAAAAAAAAACAGGCAGAUUUAAAUUCAUAAAGGUGUUCAUGCUCCAGAUAAAUGUGCUUGACCAUAGAUAUUUUUUAUGGGUGUGAGUCUGUAUCAAAAGCUGUUCUGUUUAUUUUUUGUUUGUUAAAAGUUUGUUGAUUCAGGCAUGGUGUGAAAAGAGAAAGAUAUAGAACUAGCUUAAAGGAAAGUAUUAUGACAUAUAUAAUAUGAAAUCAACUGUUUUGUCAAAGUUUGUGUGUUGGAGAAAGUGUCAAAGCCCAGAUUUACAUUAUGUUUGUGUUAAUACCCCUGCCCUGCCCAAGGGCUAGACUGAAGCUGGACAGAAGGAACAGCAUAUGGCUUGUCAGUGCAGAUUAUUAUUAAAUGCAUUGUUAACAAUGACAUAGAAGGGAAAGCUCCGCAGGAACCGUGUGGUUUUCCUCUCCACUGCCCACAAUGCUGAUUGUAAACUUCAAGGAAAAUCCUCUUGGGGAGAAAACAAUAAUUUAGCUUUUUGUUAUACCACUGUUCACUAAGAGAAAAAUGGGACUGAAAACAACAAUUUACCUGCCCACCAUCCGCCUUGUUAAAUAUGGACAAAUUACCCGCCGCAUUCAGCCCAAUGUAAAUGCAGGGCUUUACAAAACCAGCUCAGUCGUGACCAAGCUAAACAGACACCAGCUUGUCCGAUGCAGCCUUGCAAGGUCAGUGCUUGUACAAAUAGAAGAAACAGGUGAUUUGGAGCAUAGGGGCGUUGAUCCAUGGGGGUAAACAUGCCUGUAUGCAUUAACCCCGUUCCCUCAAAUGUGACAUUUUAAAUGCCACACCAGUUCCUUCACUUUCUACCAGCUGUGAAAGAAAGGAGAAAGUGAAAACUUUUUAGUAGAAAAUCAGUAAAAGCAGCAGUGAAAGCCUCUACAAUUUCUUACACAGCUGUUUUCCAGCCAGGCACAGUUUAGAUUCACUGAUAGAAGGAGUUUGGCCACCUGCCAUGAUGCUUGUGCCCUAUUUCUUAACUGCAAAUAUUUAACAUUGCAGGCACAAUGGCAUGCCCAGAGUUUCCACUUCACAGAAGAGCUGGCCUGAAGCUUGAAAGGAUUUAGUAUCUUGGUCAAGGAUACUUCAACAUAGCUGCUUGCAGGGCCAUUGGCCACCCCACCCCCACCCCAAAACACCAAAUAUACAAUCUUAAACCUUGAUUUAAAAAAUAUUUGUUCACAUUUUGGCAAAUUAGCACCAUUAAAAGUUUGCAGAACUAGCUAUUAGUGUUUCCUGUAUUCAAGGUUCUUAUGGAUGCUCAGACAACAAAUUCCUCAUAAAUUAUGAGUCACACUUAAUCUAAAAGUAUGUAUAUUAUGUCUGUGUGUUCAGGUUUGAGUUAUAAGAGGACAAAACAUGGGAUUUUUCACACAAGUUGCAGCGAUCUGGUUGAAGUAUCUUAAUUACCUCCAUGAGCUGUGUAUCACUGCCACCUGUUGUCUGAGUUUUUUUUUAAAGCUUCCCCCCAGCAAAUCUCUAAAAUGUCCAAAUACCUAAGAAAUACACAGAACAUGGCCUCAGUUUCCUCAGUGGUUGCUACGGAGUUGGAUGCUGACAUGAUGUUAGAAUCCAUAUCAUCCAGCUGAAACGGUGUGACAAACCACCCAGAUCCUUUCACUGUUUCUUUAGUCAUUUCUGUAAACACACGAUUAAAGCUGACGUGACGGAGGUCAUCAGCCAGUUGCCAGUUUUGACAUGACUCGCACGUUGGCAUGGCUCCUGGCCCACUGUGACGCCAGGACGCCUGCCGGGCCAAACUCUUUUUCUCAAUGACUUAAGCCUCUGUAACAGUUACCAGUUUGAGAAUGAGUGGGCGGGAUAAUAGUGCUGCUGACGCCACAGGAACACAAGAAUACUGGGACUGAUUUAGAAAUGUAGGCUUUUUAAAGGUUGAUAAGCCUUGCUGGAGGACAGCUGAGUGUGUGUGUGUGAGUGUGUGUGUGUGAGUGAGUGUGCAUGUAUGUGUGUGCGUGGCUCGCUCUGCGUGUGCAUGCUUUCUAAGUGAGUGAAGAAAUGCAACCAUAUUUUUAGUAUCUUGCCUGUUGCUUAGCGACCAUCUAUCUGCAAGCCGUUGUCUUCUUGACUGUUGCUGGUGUGUGUGUGAGACAUUGUGUGUGUGUCAUUCUCUUUUGAUGUUUCUCACUUUGUCCGCUUGCCCUUUCCUUUAGUGAAUGUGACAAUACAGCUUCUCACUCAUUUUUUUCUUUCUCUGUGGGUGAAUUUCAACAUGUGUUCUUCCUCAUAUGUUCAUCUUUUCAACAUGUUUCCCUUUUACUUUAUGUUCCAUGUGCCUCCCUUUGUUUGCAUGUGUAUCCAUGGUGUGCACAUCUACAUGCGUAUUUGUGCCUUUGUGUGUGUAUGUGUGUUGGCUGGUGUUGUAAUCUCCUUAUAAGGGCUCGCCCUGUGUGUCCCUGGCUGAGUCCCAAACGCUAGAUUAAUGAAUUAGAAUGCCAACCUGACCCACAGUAAAAAAUGCCUGGAAAUUGGAUUCCCUCCGUUGUGUGUGUGCAUGUGUGUGUGUGUGUGUGAUUGUACCUGGCAUUCUCCCUCACCAGGUGUAUGUGCGCACCUGUUGAAUAAGAUUAGGUAUAUAAUAGAUCUGACUGACAAUUGAGACUGGGAAUAGAUGGUGGCAUUUUGCUUUAAGUGCAUGUGUGUGUGUGUGUGAGUAUGUGUGAACAGUAUGAGAAACUGUCAUCACUACUUUACUGUCAUACACUACAUUAAUGUUGCUAACUCCUCAUCCUACACAUAGGUGUUUAUACAUAUUAUGUACUGUAUAUGCAGACAGUCAGAAAAUUGAUCUAAAAAUCAUUCAAGUAAACCACACACACGUAUAUCUCAAGGAAGUUUUAAUCGAAAGCAACUGGACUUAGUUGUAGUCUAGGAAGACGCUUCACCUCUCAUCCAAGAGGCUUCAUCAGUUCGUGUUCGCAUCUGACCUGGCUGGGACUGGUCCAACUCGUCCCAGCCACUUGCUUUCGAUUAAAACUUCCUUGAGAUAACUAUGACCUGGAUGAAUGAGAAUUUUCACAGGCAUACACACAUAUUGUGUAUAAGCACACACACACACACACCCAAAUGCUAGCCGAGCUCAAUAGUUUAAGUAUUUUUUGAAUCUCUACAGUCUGUAAAUGAAAGAUAUGUGAGAAGAAAUAUGUAACACAUCAUAUUAGUUAGAAAGUGACCACAGUGACUACACUGUAAGUAUAUGGUUUCUCAGUUGCUUUGCUGUGCCUGUGUGUGUGUUCGGGGUGUUAACAGACAUUUAUGUAACUGAAUCUGACUUUGAAAUGGAAAGAUUAUUUAUAAAAGUAUUUGUAUUCAGGUAAACACAGAGGCUGGAGGUAUUGCUAAUGCAAGUAGUUGCUGUUAUAUCUACAUUAUCCUUCUCACAAUUUCCAUGCUCCCAUGGUGUUGAUUUUCUGACUACAUACAGGAGUGAACCUGAAUGCAAAGCGUUUUUUUGUUUUGUUUUUUGUUUUUUCAUGUGGAGACCAGAGGUGUUCAAUGUUAAAUUAAUAAACAAGACAUUAUGAAAUGUUAUUACAUCUCACAACUUUUCACAAUCACGUUGAGAAGCCGAAGGUUCUGGAUGUAAUUGUCCCCACUGAGGAGUUCUAUUAAAAUGUUCUUUGACAUUUUUCAUGUAAUUUUUCAUUGUCUGUAUUUAUUCAUGUAGUCAUUUAUUUCAUAAUGUCUUAUUUAUUUUGUAAAUAUUCAACACUUGUUGUCACUUGUUUGUGUUCACAUUUUGGCCCUCGGCAGAGCAUUAUAAGGCUAUUUCACCUGUAUUUUUACACAGUGAUGAGGUAACAUGGUUUCUGAAUACAUGUAGGGUAACACUGAGCAAAUUCAUAGAGAAGAAAUAUUUACAUUUUUAUGCUUUGCCACAUUUCAGAUGUGUGUGUGUGUGUGUGUGUGUGUGUGUGUGUGUGUGUUUUAAGCUCCCAGACCUGUGUUAACAAGCCUCUUUUUAUUGAUCAGUGUUUCUUUUUUCCUCCUCUCUCUAUACUGUCAGAGCCACUCUGUUUCUCUCUACCUUACAAAUAUUUAGAUAUUUUAUCACUUUAUACUCAUAAUUUUAUUAACAUAUCAUGCAGUCUUAUUUAUGAGGUCACAAAGUGCUUUUGAUAUAAAUAUCUGGUAUUAUAAUUUUUCCAUUUAUUGUAUUGAUGUUAUAUUACUGUACUUUUUGUCACAUUUGUUUUCAUUGUUUUGUGUUGUUUAGGUGAUUUGUUUUAAAAAAGCCCUCAGAGAGUAGAACAGCAAAUUAGCAUAGUAACAAAUUACAAUGAGUGUGCUCUUAUCCUUUUUACUGUGUGUGCAUGUGUGUGUGCUUGCGUGUGUGGACGCGUGCAUUUCUUCAUAUCAUUCCGUCCAUGAGUGUGUCGAUGCAUGAAUUAAACUCAUUCUGAAUACAGUGUUGAUGUUGGAAAUGUUGUAGUAAAGAGUAAAGUAUUUUUAAACGCUGAAAAAUGACAUGACAUGAAAAACGAUUUAGAUGUUUACAAAGACCAAACUUUUCUUUUCUCUCUUUUGUUUUUCUCAAAGAUGAAAUAAAACUUGACUGGCAAAUG